CGCCGCUCGACGCGCUCCGCGCUCUCCCCGCCGCCCUGCGUACGGCGCGCGUCGAGUGCGGGGCUCGCCAACAUGUCGACCGCCAUGAAUUUCGGGUCCAAGAGCUUCCAGCCGCGGCCCCCGGACAAGGGCAGCUUCCCGCUGGAUCACUUCGGUGAAUGUCAAAGCUUCAAGGAGGAGUUCAUGAGGUGUCUCCGCGACAGGAAGUUUGAAAACGCGCUGUGCAGACGGGAAUCAAAGGCCUACUUGGAGUGCAGAAUGCAGAGGCAACUGAUGGCACAGGAACCCCUGGAAAAACUGGGAUUUGGAGAUUUGAUCGGUGGGAAACCAGAGGCAAAAACUUAACUUCUAAUGGAAGGAAGACCACCAGCUUCCCCGUGUUCCGGGACGGAGCUAUCGUGCAACCUUGUCAGCUGGCGGCUAGUGGUUAGGUGCUGUGACGUAGAAGCUUCUGGAACGCCCUCCUUGACAGAAACAGUUCAUCCUGCUGUUUCCCAGGUUAUUUUGAAAAAUUAUUGUGGUUUUAGAUCUCAUUUUCCCCCAAGAGUGUUAGGUUUUAUCUUUAUGUCGUGCGUGGUAGACUUUCUAGGGAGACCCGUGGCGGGCGGGAGGUAGGAGUGCGGAGUCACGCCCGCUUGGCCAGGGGACGCGCAGCCUGGGUGACACGGUGACUCCACGGCGUGAUACUGUGCGUGGCUUCCCGGCUUCCCGGUCCGGCCCGCUGAGUGCUCUCAGCUUCGCCCUCCCACAGAGACACGGAUACUGGGAGAAGCCGUUCCUGGCAAGAUGGUUUCCUUGUUGUGCUUCUUUACACUGGUUCAAUUCCUGUUUCUUUUUUUAAACAAAACACAGAGUAUAAACUUGGAAAGGAGAGAUCGUCUGGCUUUUGACCUAUUCGACUUAGUGAUGUUUUUCUGGUAAUGUCUGAACACCAAGUAUCUUUUAACCAAAGGCUCGUUUUCUGACAGGUGCAGACUGUGUUAUAGUUUAAUUAUAAGGCUCUGUCUAUUGUCACUGGGAAACAGGGUGUCAGGACAUGUGUAGUUUGCCUCACACACGUGGUCCCCCAGCGUCUCCCUCUGAAAGAACAUCCAGGCUGACACGUGUUGGCGACGGUCCCGGGGCGUCUCGUUAGCCAGAGCCGCCACCAGAGUUGCCUGCAGUCACUUAAACCUCACACGUCCUCAGGCCCUAGCCGGGAUUUCUGGGCGGCCUCUGUACGCGGCCAGGGUUCAGGCCCACGCACGGACUGCCACGUGUGUGGGUCUGGGCCCGGCGCUGCCUUCCCUGGCUCCCAGCCAGCUGGCUUUGGUCCCAGUGUGGCUAAUGGAAGACGGCGGACACAUCCCCACCCAGACAGUGACCCUGGGGGGGACAGCCAGCCAUGACCCAGGUCUGGGCUCCCAAAAGUCGCCACUGCCCACUCCUCGGCCGUGGGUGGUAGAGGCGUGUCCGUGUCCAGUUCUCUGCCUUCAGCUCCUCAGUUUUCAGUCCUUCCGUGGUGGAUGCGUCUUGGCUUAGACCCUACCUGACGUGAGUCCCUCCCGCGGCUGGUGCCACGUCCGUGGUGCUGACUCUGCCCCGUUCACCACGUGGGUGGCUUAGCAUCUCCUGUGCCCACUGCGGUUUGUCGCUGUUGAGUAUUUGGUCUCUGUCUUACCCUGUCAUGUGCUACAGACUUUUUUCACAUUGUCGUCCAGUUGGUGAAGUAUCUUGGUUUUUAUCACCAAACCAAACUGAGCCAUGAAACUAGUUUGUAUCUGCUGACUGUCCAGAAUUACGUAUGCGCAAGGUUGUUGGUGUGGCCUUGUUUGUAGUUACAAAACACUAAGGUGACCCAGAUGCCCACAUGUGCGAGCUUUCUGUGACCUGCGGCUCGCGUGGCAGGGAGCGCAGAAUCUGAAGUGACACGGCUGACCUCCCACCACGGGUGCUGGACGUGAGAAAGCAGACUCUGGAAGCACCUGUAGUAACAAGGAAGACGGGAAACCAGAAGUAGCUGCACGUUUGUGCAAACACGAAAUUGAGGAAGGACAAAGCAGACACUGAGGAGGAUGGAGGAUGGUCGCCGGUGUGCCGUGUAGCUCUGCCUCUGAGCCGGAUUCCUGUUCCCCGUGCUCAGAAGUGACACCGCGGUGGGGGUGGGGCAUAGCGCCCCCUGCAGCUGUGGAAGGCAGGAGUCGGACCAGGCUGGGGACGAGAAGACACGGUCUGUUCUCUGGCCAGCUCUGGAAGCGAGUGUUCUAGGACCGGAGAACUGGGGAGCGCAGAGAAGAGCCGGGAUCUUGGGAGUCCCUGUUGCGUCACAGGUAGGGUGGCUGGACAGAGAGACGGACUUAGGUGUUGUGCGUGCACCCAUGUGGGCACCUGCCGGCUCUGGCAGCCAGGGGCCUCGAGCAGCGACACCUGCAGCAGGUGCACACCCACGCCCCAUCUCGGGCCGCGGCCGGGGUGCUGCUCCCGACGGCUGGAACCAGGCUCCUGAAGGGCUGGCUGGCGCCCGGGCCAGAGUGGGAAAUCAACCUGAGCCCGGACCAUUUUGUGUCAGAAAGUAAGGAAUUGCCGGAAAUACGCUAGGGGCUUGUUGGAAGCCACGUCUGGGCCAGUUUGAGCCACAGAAUAUUGUACCGGGUUAGUCUUCAGAAUCAGUGACUCUGCACGAGUCCACGCCGACAGUAUCACUACUGGGAUCCCUGUCGGUGGGGGAGAGACCGCUCCUGGCGGUGGUCUGUCCCCCACAGAACUAGCGGGGGGGGGGGGCAGUCCCACACAGCCACAGGGGCUGUCGAGAACCGGCCGGGGGCCUGGAGUCGGGCCGAGUGUGCCUGGUCUGGGGCCUCCCUCGGUGCAGCAGAGACGUCUGUGUGGUCAUGCUGGGCGACCUGCCCACGGCUCAUGUCCCCCUCUGACACUCUCCUGGGGUGUUCUUACCUCACUGCAGUGAGCAGACUGCAGACAACACACGGUCUGCAGAGUGAAGACCGGUGCUCUUCACAGGUGUCAGGGUCCUGAGAGACCUGGGGUCCGGGGAGACAGACCGACGGCCACGCGGGCCCCGGGCCAGGAAGGGCAGUGACGGGCAGCCGCUGGGGCCCAGCGAUGUGCAGGCUGUUACCAGGACGCUUGGGUUCUUGUUCUGUGGUUAUGUAAGGUGGUGGUUGUGGAAGCUGGGCAUAUGAACUCUGUCCUAUUUUUGCAAAUUUUUGGGAGUCUAAAAUUAUUUCAAAAUGAGAAAAGUAUUUUGCAUUAAACUGGUUGAACUUUC